AUGUACACCUGCGAGAGACUGGGAGAGAACGCAACAAAAUUCAAGUACACUCCUAGUGACGGUGACCACUCGUGUGGCGGAGCGUGGCAGUCGCUCGCUGUGAAGGGCUCGGCUUUCCUGGGAGGGGUCGGGCUUGUCUUAGUCCUGUUCUGCCUGGCUUGGUCUCUUGGAUGUCGGUCUCGAGUUCGAGAAGAGUUUUUGCUGGUAGUGCGCGAGCUGGGGGUGCAGGUGACCACCAAGUACGUCGACGGCCGAGAGAAGACCACGUUCUUGGACAAAGCGAAGAUCAAGGCCAUCUUAAUCAACGAGGGUAUCACCAUGCACAGAGUCGUCUUCUACCUAGCCUUCGUGGUCGCGGGGCGGGACAAGAUGGUGGUGGCCUUCGAGAACCUCCAGCCGCGCUUGAACGUUCUCAUCAAGGUUUACAGGGGUACACGUGCGGCAAUACUCGGAGAGGCAGGCGACGAGCAGCAGUCGCGAACGAAUGACAUGAUGUCGAUGGGAUUCGACGCCGGUGCUCCCGGCUUCCCGACAGCUUCUGCGGCGGCUCCUACCACUGGCAUUGUUGGAGGUGGUGGUGGUGAAAUCGGCGAGCCCAGAAUUAGCUUGAGAGCGGCGGGUCGAAGGGGAGACUCAGGCCUGCGGAGAACAGACAGAAUAGCCAGAAGGCAGGCGCAGGCAAGACUCGCGGGAGCGUCGGCGGCGGCUAGUGGCUGGCCACCACCCCACAUGCCGAACUAA